AUGCGUUGGUUUGAGUUCCUAGAAUUUACAAUACUAAUAGUCAACAAAUGCACAAAGCGCGUCGUGACGUGCGUGGGGGGCGGCGGCAGCGGCAGCAGGUCGCGGGCGUCCUCGCGGUCUCCGUCGCCGUCGCCGCCGCUGGCGCUGCCUCAGCCGCAGGCAGCCCAGCCUCGCGCGUGCGCGUGCUCGCGCUCCUCCUCCGGGUCUCGCUCCAGCGCCACCAGCAGCCUCACCUCCAUCCCGCCGCCCUCCCCCGUGAGGAUCUGUCGGCCCGCGUCUGCGCGACUGCCGACGGCGAGAAAGCGGGUGUGUUUCACGCCGCCGCCGGCGUGCGGCGCGGCGAGGAAGGCGGCGCCGAGGCCGGCGUACUCGGCGGCCGACGCGAGCGCGUGGCGGCCGCGCAUCACCCGGCCUGCGCUGGCGACCCUGGGCGGGCCCGGCGGCCGGCCCUGGGACACGGUGGCCGCCAGGCCUGACGUCACCUACAGGGCCAGCAGCGGCAGCUACGUGCGGCCCACGUGGGCGCGCCGCUACUACUCGCUGCCUCCGCCGCCCCCUCCCACCUUCUGUAACUGUCCCCAGUGCCUGAUGGAGCGGUCCUACAACUAUUGCCCGUAUUAA